AUGGCACGUGUAUUCAUCACCGGCUCCAGCGACGGCAUCGGCCAAGCCGCCGCAAAGGUACUCGCUGACCAAGGCCACUCAGUCGUCUUGCACGCGAGAAACGCAGAUCGAGCGGCAUCUGCUCAUAAAGCCGUCCCUAAAGCUGAGGCAGUCCUCGUAGCAGACCUGAAAUCUAUCGAGGAAACCAAGAAGCUCGCAGCCGAUGCAAACGGCCUCGGCCGCGGUCCAUUCGAUGCGAUCAUCCACAAUGCCGGCAUCGGCUACGGCUCAACCUCUAGCAAGGAGAUCACCGCAGACAAGAUUUCUGCUGUAUUCGCAGUCAACACUUUAGCGCCAUAUAUUCUCACUUGUCUGAUGGACAAGCCCAAGUCACGCCUAAUGUUCAUGAGUUCGGACAGUCAUUAUGGCGGUGAUGAAAACCUGCGAAAUAUCACCCAGUCACAUUCUUACAGCGACAGCAAACUGCACGAUACUAUGCUCGCAAACGCUUUCGCGAGGCGCUGGGGCAAAGAGGUCCAAGUUAUUAGUAUGCACCCUGGCUGGGUGAGAACCAAGAUGGGAGGCAGCAUGGCAUCUUCUGGCUUGGAUACGCCAUCCAAAGCUAUUGCUGACUGGGUGGCUGGCAAGGGGCCCCUUGCAAGCCUGCCAAGCGGUUCGUUCUGCUACACACGGGGUGCUGAGUCGGCUCACCCUGGUGCUGCAAAUGUGGAAAAGCAGGAAGAGCUCUUAAAGAUUUGUCAAGAAGUAUCCGGAGUUAGUGUUCCAUAG